AUGACAAGCCAAGGUCCCCUGACAGCCUACCUGCUAGCCAGCACCCCCAAUGCGCUCACCCGCGCAACAACACACCCAUUCCUCGCCGCCGCCGGCCGAGGAACCCUCCCCAAACCCCUCCUAAGCCAAUGGCUCUCCCAAGACCGACUCUACGCGCAGUCCUACAUCCGCUUCAUAGGACUCCUACUCUCCAAGAUCCGCCUCCCAACCCAAAACCCCACAACAACACCCCACCCCUCCAGCGAACAAAACGCAAUCAACGUCCUCAUCGACGCCCUCGUCAACAUCCGCACAGAGCUAGCCUUCUUCGAAAAAACUGCAAAUGACUUCUCCCUCGACCUAACAGCCAUCUCAGCAGAAGAAGGCGGCUGCACUCUCACCUCCUGCGGCUCAGGCUCCUACAUCACCACCUCAGCAGGCAUUUCCACCGCCGGCUCAGGCAGCACCCCCGGUCUCACAGGCGGACGCGACAACAAAGCCCUCGACGGCGCAGUCGCGGCCCAACACGCCCUAUGCCUCUCGCAGGGUGAAUGCCAAAUGCCCGGAGGCGAAAUAUGCAUGCCCAGUGACCCUCUUGGAUCGGCGCAUGCAUCCAGAGCUACGCCCGAUCCUGCUUCUGCGGCUAAGGCUAAGGCUGGAACUGAUCCUGAGAGAUGCGACACCAUCUUCUUCUGUGCUUCGAAGACUACGAAGGCGUAUAUUGAUAUGUUUAUGUCUGCGGGUAGUAGUGGGGUUUCGAUCCUGGAGGGAUUGGCGGUUCUGUGGGCUACGGAGGUGUGUUAUCUUCGGUCUUGGAGGUUUGCUGCGCGGUGCAUGCGUGAGGAUGUAGGGUUUGGGGGGGAUUAUGGGUCUGAUGCUGAUGGAGGAGCUUUGAGGGGGAAGUUUAUUGACAAUUGGGCUAGUGUGGAGUUUGAGGGCUUUGUGGAUUCGAUUGGGGAUGUUUUGGAUGAGAUGGCUGGUCAGAUUAAGGGGGCUGAGGAGGCGGAGAUUAUGCGUGGGAGGUGUUUGGAGUGGUGGAGGCAGAUUGUUUGGUUGGAGGAGAGAUUUUGGCCGGAUGUUUAG